ACUGCAAAUUUGGUGGUCAGGUCUCCCAGUGCGCACACAUCUCUCGUCGGCUGCACCAUCCGACCAGCUCUCCGGUCUGCAGGAUGAGUUCGUUCAGUACGAGGGCUCUGACGCUGCUCUCGUCGGUUUUUGGGGCCUGUGGUCUGCUGCUGGUGGGCGUCGCCGUGUCAACAGACUACUGGCUGCUGAUGGAGGAGGGGAUCAUCCUGCAGCAGAACCAGACCACCGAGGUGAAGAUGGCACUGCACUCUGGCCUCUGGAGGGUCUGCUUUGUGGCAGGACCGGAGAAGGGAAGAUGUGUGGCGGCAGAGUAUUUCACGGAGCCAGAGAUUGAGAUCACGACAGAAAAUACAGCCAACAUACUCAAAAUGGUCCGGACUGCCACUCCUUUCCCUAUGGUCUCCUUGCUCUUCGUCUUCACCGCCUUCAUCAUCAGCAACAUCGGACACAUCCGGCCUCAGCGCACCAUCCUCGCCUUUGUUUCCGGAAUAUUCUUCAUACUGUCAGGUCUCAGUCUGGUGGUUGGCCUGGUGUUAUAUAUCUCCAGUAUUAAUGACGAGGUGAUGAACCGACCCAGAGAGCCGGAGCAGUUCUUCCACUACCGCUACGGCUGGUCCUUCGCCUUUGCUGCCUCCUCCUUCCUGCUGAAAGAGGGGGCAGGAGUCAUGUCAGUCUAUCUCUUCAUGAAGCGCUACGCUGAGGAGGAGCUGUACCGGCCUCACCCCGCCCUCUACCGACCCCGCAUGUCUGAAUGCAGCGACUACAGUGGCCAGUUCCUCCACCCAGACUCCUGGCCCCCCCCCCAGCGGGGCCGCAGCGCCUCCGAGGUCUCCUCCGACAUCUCCAUCCAGCUCAACCAGACUCCACCUUCAAAGUCGCAACCCAAGGGGGGCAGCAGCUCCCAGCAGACGCCCUCUUCCUCUGGGCCUUCAUCAGCUGCCAGCUACCAGCACCAGCCGGCCUCCUCCUCCUCCACUUCCUCCUCCUACCCACACCCCCUCCAUCUGGCCGCCACCUCCACCCUACCCAGAGCAUCCCAUGGCCACCCUCAGUCCCAUCCCCACCCCAGCGGACCCCCACCCCAGUCCCUGCCGAUGGGGGUGCCACCAGCAGCCGUGCCUCCUCCGCGCUAUCACGCGCACAUGCGAAUGAGUGCCUCGCCAUGCUAG